AUGGCGAAUGCUUCAGAAUUUCCUGGCUUCUCAACACUCUGGUCUAACGUUUCCUCACCCCCUGCGGCUAAACCCCCGGGGGUGAUCGUAGUGACUAAUAUGCCAGAGCCUUUCCCCUUAGCGGUGACGGUCAUCGCCACACUGAUUGUGUCUCUGGCAGCGGUUGUGGGGACGUUCAGUAACAUCUUGGUCAUCCUGGCUGUGUGCGUCAGUAGGAGCCUGCAAAAUGUCCGCUCUGCCUUCAUAGUGAACAUGGCCAUAGCGGAUCUCCAGGUUACCGCCAUUGCUGACCCCUUCAGCGCCAUCGCAAAGGUUAAAGGAAAGGCCUGGUUUGACGCUAGACCUGGUCUCUGUGACGCUCUGGGCACGUUCUGCACAAUGAUCUGCGUGACAUCACUGCUCAGUCUGACAGGCGUUAGCGUGAACCGCUACAUCCACAUUUGCCACUUCCAGUUCUACGACCGGAUAUUCACACUGCGCAAGACCGUUUUAAUGUGUGCCUGUUGCUGGAUCAUAGGGGGCGUUUUGGUGAUGCCGAACCACUUCGGCUGGGGAGAUCUUCGGUUCGAUACCAAAAGCCUCGGCUGUAUGUUUGACCGAACUGCGGAUUACAGCUACACCGCCUUCUUCAUGCUGUUCCUCGUCGGUGCACCGCUCCUCCUCAUUGGCUACUCAUUCGUGCGGAUUUACAUGAAGGUCCACAAAACUCGAAUCCAGUUGGCCGGUCACGGCUCCAAGUCCAGCCGCAUGGACUCCAUCAAACUGGCAAAGACGCUGUUCGUCGUGUUUUUAUCCUUCACCAUAUGCUGGUUGCCCUUUAUGCUCACUCAGGUGAUCGACAAGGGCAACCAGCUCCCUGCCUGGUUUUACUUGUGGGUGACAGUCCAGGCCCACAUGCACUCCAGCUUUAAUGGCCUGCUCUACUGUAUCACGAACCUGAAAUUCAGGAAAGCUUACGCCCAGGUUUUAUGUCUUGACAGAUGGAUGGGGUCAAGGAGGGUAGGGCCCGAGAGUGGAGUCACCGGAAGUUACUCCAUCAACAACACAACCCUCUCUACCAUUGAGUCGACAUUCCACAACGGCGGGUCCAAUACCUUGAAGGUCCCCAGUCAUCGGUCGAUCAACAAUGGGAAGUCGCCGCUGAAACCUGUGAACGAAAAAGGGAUGCUGUGA